GCAUCAGAUCCCAGCAGAGGAAGUAAGAGGCGAAUCAAAUGACACUUUACUGACUUCUGGAAACUUUGCUGCCUUCAGCGCCUCCUUAAACACCCAAAACACACCACACACAAGACAAGACGCCGCUGACACAAAGCAUUGAAGAAAACACGGAAGCCGGGCUGAGCCAUGGCCGCUGUGCAGAUCCGGAGGUACCGGGACGACGACGCGGAGGCCGCGAAGGAGAUCUUCACGCUGGGGAUAAGCGAGCACGUGCCCUCGUCCUUCAUGCACCUCCUGAAGCAGCCGCCCACCCAGAUGUUGCUCAUGUGCGUGUUCUGCGCUCUCCUGACCAGCUCCAAGUCCUUCCUGCUGCCCGUCCUGGCCGUCACCCUCCUCCUGGCCGGGGCCCGCCAGUUUGUCGUCCACAUUUUCAACCGCUACAUCGACACAUCGCUCAGGAAGGACCUCAACGACAUCGCCGGCACCUACAUGCGGGCCAAGGACAGCUGCUUCUGGGUGGCCGAGGUCGACGGCCGGGUGGUCGCCACGGUGGCCUGCCUCCCCAACGAGGACGCGCCCGGCUGCCUGGAGUUGAAGCGCAUGUCCGUCCGCCGCAGCCACCGCGGCGCGGGCAUCGCCAAGGCGCUGUGCCGGACGGUGGCCGACUUCACCCGGGACAGAGGCUACGCGGCGGUCGUGCUGUUCACCUCCGUGGUGCAAACGGACGCUCAGAAGCUGUACGAGCACAUGGGCUACGAGAAGAUGAGGGAGUUCGUCGUUCCCGAGCUGGCCGCCAAAAUCACAAACUUCACCCUGUUUGAAUACAGACUUGAUUUACAGAAACGUGGGAAAAGUGAGUGAGCGGCCUUUUCUCCCCCGCUGUAAAUCCGUCUGGUUUCUGUGCUUGUGCUUUCCCAGCGUGCAUUGCUCUUAAAGGCAACCAAACACUCGGACCGGUCAGGCGACACGAAGAACUGUUUUCCCACACACACACACACACACACACACACAGUGAAAAGGUUAGGCAUGUUUACUCUACUAACACAUAACUUAUUUUCAGUUGAGAGGAAUAUCUGCUCUGCCUAAAGUCUGUUUGGGUUUGUGUCGAUUGAGCUGCUUCAAAGUGAUUUGGUUUGUAAAGUAUUUCCUUUUCAAACACUUAGAAUAAAUGAAUAGAUCUGAA